CUCGUCUCAAAUUCUUUGUUGCUCCGGCUCUUUAGAUGGCGCAUAGAAUUUGAGAAGGGUUAGGUUCUUUGAUCCCCGGAAACUCUAGUCACUCCCUUGCACUGUUUCUGGUUUCUAGGGUUUCAGUGUGGGGCAGGCAAAGAGGAGGGAGGACGGGAGGGAGGGAGCGGGGUUGAUCUCCGAGCUCGUGAGGCGCUGUUUCGUCUUACUCUCUCGGUGGCCCGACGUCAUUCUAGGGUUUUGGAGUCUUAAUCAACAUUUCAACCUUUUGUGGUGCUUGAGCUUUGUAGCUCUUUAUUUGGAGUACUUCGACGUCGAUUUGGACAUUUCUGGCCGUUUACCAGGAUUUUAUUCGACUUUGAGGAGGGAAAUUCGGAGGUUUUCAUUUAGAUUUGGGCGAUGCUGCUCCAUUAUGUGAGGUGAUCAGGGGAGGAAAGGGCCAUGGAGGGGGAGGAAGGGCAUCGGACUGUACUGGCGUGUAGCCUCUGCGGUGGCCUUUUUACUUUAUUCAGUGCCCUGAGUUUUACCAUUCUUUUUGCCGUGAAUUGGCGGCCUUGGAGAAUUUACAGUUGGAUAUUUGCGAGAAAAUGGCCAGAAAUUGUACAAGGACGUCACCUGAGCACUCUCUGCAGUUUUCUUUCUCUAUUUGCAUGGGUGAUAGUUCUCUCUCCAAUCAUGGUGGUUCUCAUAUGGGGAUCUAUUCUCAUUUAUCUUAUGGAUCGAGAUAUAAUUGGGUUGGCUGUUAUCAUGGCUGGCACAGCUCUCUUACUGGCAUUCUAUUCUAUAAUGUUAUGGUGGAGAACACAAUGGCAAAGCUCAAGGGCGGUUGCUUACCUUCUCCUGUUGGCCGUAUCUCUUCUAUGCUCAUAUGAGCUUUGUGCUGUUUAUGUCACAGCUGGCAUGAGUGCUGUUGAGCGUUAUUCACCAUCUGGAUUUUUUUUUGGUGUGUCAGCAGUAGCAUUAGCAAUCAAUUUGCUUUUUAUCUGCAGGAUGGUUUUUAAUGGAACUGGAUUAGAUGUAGAUGAAUAUGUAAUAAGGUCAUAUAAGUUCGCAUAUUCUGAUUGUAUCGAGGUUGGUCCUUUUAAUUAUUCGCCUGAGCCACCUGAUCCAAAUGACAUACAAAUACGAAAGUCAAGCAGGGUUUUGCAUCUCGCCCUUCUUUACCUUGGAUCGCUGGUUGUACUACUUGCGUACUCUUUAUUGUAUGGUUUGACUGCGAAUGAGGAACAUUGGUUGGGUGCCAUCACAUCUGCAGCUGUGAUUGUUCUUGACUGGAAUAUGGGAGCUUGCUUGCUUGGGUUUAAGCUUCUUAGAAGUCGAUUUAUGGUGCUUUUUGUUGCGGGGACAUCGCGGAUUUUUCUUAUCUGCUUUGGGGUUCACUAUUGGUACUUGGGACAUUGUGCUAGUUAUGCUGUUGUGGCAUCUGUGUUAUUGGGUUCUGCUGUUUCUCAUCAUCUGUCUUUUUUGAAUCCGUUAGCUGCGAGGCAAGAUGCUCUGCGGAGCACUGUGAUUCGGUUGAGAGAAGGGUUCCGGUGGAAAGGUCAAAGCAGCUCCUCUAGCUCUUCUGAAGGUUGUGGUUCUAGCGUUAAGAGAAGUAGCAGCAGUGUGGAAGGAGGACAACAUUGCAAUGCCAUUGAAGCCAUGUAUAGAAGAAACUCUCAUUGUGUUAGUGAUACUUAUAAUUCAAGUGCGCAUCUGGCUCGUGCCAACAGUUGUCGCGAAGUUACUAAUAUUGAAAAGAGCAUAGACGGUGGAGAGCCAAGUGUAACACUGCGUAGCAAUUCUUAUAGCUCUGUUAUUCGGGAAACUGAUGUGAGCAUGUCAUUUUCUCGCAAACAUAUUGAUCAAGGAAAUUCACUUGUUGUAUGCUCUAGUAGUGGUUUGGAAAGCCAAAGUUGUGAAUCUAACAGUUCGUUCACAAACUUAACAAAUCAGCAUGCAUUGGAUUUUAAUUUAGCUCAAGUACUACAGAAUAGGCUAAAUGAUCCGAGGGUUACAUCAAUGUUGAAAAGAAAGGGAGUGUUGGGGGAUCAUGAAUUAGCUGAUUUACUUCAAGACAAAGGCCUGGAUCCACAUUUUGCAGUACUUUUGAAGGAGAAGGGUCUGGAUCCCAGGAUUUUGUCAUUAUUGCAACGGAGCAGUUUAGAUGCAGAAAGAGACCAUCAGGGCACUGGAGAUGACAUUGCCGAAGUUUCUGACAGAGCAGAUGCGGCCUUGCCCAAUCAAACUUCUGUGUCAGAAGAGCUGAGACGGGAUGGGUUGGGGAGCUUGUUGAAUAUUUCUAGAUUUGCGUUGAAUCAAUUAGCUGGUACUCCACAGCGUGCCUGGAUUGUCUUAACAUUAGUUUUCAUCGUGGAGACAGUAUUUGUUGCAAUAUAUAAACCUAAAGCCAUUAAAUUAAUUAAUGCUACUCAUGAACAGUUUGAAUUUGGUUUGUCUGUGCUGCUCCUCUCACCUGUAGUUUGUUCAGUAUUGGCCUUCCUGUGGUCUUUACAAGCUGAGGAUAUGGCCAUGACUGCAAAGCCACGCAAGUAUGGAUUCAUUGCUUGGCUUUUCACCACAAUUGUUGGUCUGCUUCUCUCGUUCUUGAGCAAAUCAUCUGUUAUACUUGGAUUGGCUUUGACUUUCCCACUUAUGGUGGCAUGCCUUUCUGUUGCAAUUCCAAUAUGGAUUCGUAAUGGCUACCGCUUUUGGAUUCCCCAAAAAGAGUACGAAAACUCUGGAAAUAACCAUCAAAGUCCAAAAAAAGAGGGCAUUAUUCUUUUUAUCAGCACUAUUAUGUUUGCUGGCUCUGUUUUUGCAUUGGGUGCUAUUGUUUCUGCAAAACCGUUAGAUGACUUGGGCUACAAGGGUUGGAGUGGAGAUCACAGAAGUUUUUAUUCUCCCUAUGCUUCAUCUGUGUAUCUUGGCUGGGCAAUUGCUUCUUCAAUGGCAUUGUUAAUAACUGCAGUUUUGCCUAUUGUUUCGUGGUUUGCAACUUAUAGAUUUUCACUCUCUUCAGCUCUCUGUGUUGGUAUUUUUGCACUCGUUCUUGUAGCAUUUUGUGGUGCAUCAUAUUUAGAGGUGGUGAAAUCUAGGGAGUAUAACGAACCCUUGAAGUCUGAUUUUCUUGCUGCUUUGCUUCCUUUGGCUUGCAUUCCGGCAAUAUUCUCACUUAUAAUCGGCUUAUAUAAAUGGAAAGAUGAUGAUUGGAAGCUGUCCACUGGCGUAUAUUUAUUCCUUGCCAUUGGAUUUUCACUUCUGCUUGGUGCCAUGUCAGCUGUUAUAACCGUCAUCAGGCCUUGGACGGUUGGGGUUGCAUUCCUUUUGGUCGUACUUCUUGUCGUGCUUGCAUUAGCUGUUGUUCAUUAUUGGGCUUCAAACAAUUUCUAUUUGACCAGGAUCCAAAUGUUUUUCGUUUGUUUUCUUUCUUUUCUGCUGGCUUUAGCUGCUUUUUGGGUUGGAUUUUUUGAAGGUAAACCGUUCAUAGGAGCAUCAGUUGGUUACUUUUCAUUUUUGUUUCUCCUUGCCGGAAGGGCAUUGACAGUGCUACUUUCACCUCCAAUUGUCGUCUAUUCUCCGCGAGUAUUGCCAGUAUACGUUUAUGAUGCUCAUACUGAUUGUGCAAAAAAUGUCAGCCAUGCAUUUCUUGUGCUGUAUGGUGUUGCUCUUGCAACUGAAGGAUGGGGCGUUGUAGCUAGUUUGGAAAUAUACCCACCUUAUGCUGGUGCUGCGGUUUCUGCCAUUACCCUUGUUGUAGCUUUUGGAUUUGCUGUAUCUCGUCCUUGCCUUACACUUAAGAUGAUGGAAGAUGCUGUGCUUUUUCUUAGCAAGGAAACUAUUGUACAGGCGAUCACACGCUCAGCAACAAAGACUAGGAACGCUCUAUCUGGUACUUACUCAGCCCCACAAAGAUCUGCUAGUUCUGCUGCUCUUUUAAUAGGGGACCCCACCAUUACCCGGGACAGGGCAGGCAAUUUUAUGCUUCCGAGAGCUGAUGUAACAAAACUAAGGGAUCGCCUGAGAAAUGAAGAAAUUACUGCUGGCUCAUUCUUUCACAGAUUGAAAUCUGGUUUGAUUUAUUGCCGUCGGUCUCCUAUAGAUGUAGACUACCGGAGGACAAUGUGUGCUCAUGCCCGUAUUCUGGCAUUAGAAGAGGCUAUUGACACGGAAUGGGUGUACAUGUGGGACAAAUUUGGUGGUUAUUUACUUCUUUUGCUUGGUUUGACUGCUAAAGCUGAACGUGUGCAGGAUGAGGUCCGCCUUAGACUUUUCUUGGAUAGUAUUGGUUUUUCAGAUUUAAGUGCCAAGAAGAUCAAGCAGUGGCUGCCAGAAGAUCACAGGCAGUUUGAAUUAAUUCAAGAAAGUUAUAUAAGGGAAAAGGAAAUGGAAGAGGAAAUCUUAAUGCAAAGACGAGAAGAAGAAGGGAAAGGAAAAGAAAGAAGAAAGGCACUCCUUGAAAAAGAGGAAAGGAAGUGGAAGGAAAUUGAAACCUCUCUUAUUUCUUCAAUACCUAAUGUUGGAAACCGUGAUGCUGCAGCCAUGGCUGCAGCUGUGCGAGCUGUGGGUGGUGAUUCUGUAUUGGAUGACUCAUUUGCUCGGGAACGCGUUGCAAAUAUUGCUCAACGCAUUCGCAUGGAUCAACUGUCUCGAAGGGCUCUACAGACUGGCAUAUCAGGCACAGUGUGCAUCCUUGAUGAUGAGCCCAGGGCUGUCGGUAAACAUUGUGGACUGGUUGACCCUAGCCUCUGUCGUAGUCAGAAGAUAAGCAUCUCCAUUUCUGCUAUGAUUCAACCAGAUUCUGGCCCAGUUUGUUUAAUAGGCACAGAAUUUCAGAAGAAUAUUUGCUGGGAAAUCCUUGUAGCUGGUUCUGAACAAGGUAUUGAGGCCGGCCAAGUUGGAUUGAGAUUGGUUACUAAAGGUGAUAGGUUGACCACUGUUGCUAAAGAGUGGAGCAUUGGGGCUGCCAGCAUUGCAGAUGGGAGGUGGCAUGUUGUAACUGUAACUGUAGAUGGUGAUAUUGGAGAGGCAGCAUCUUACCUUGAUGGUGGAUUUGACGGUUAUCAGAGCGGACUGCCUCUGCAUGGGAGUGAUGGCAUAUGGGAACAAGGAACAGAAAUUUGGGUUGGUGCCCGACCACCAACAGAUUUGGAUGCUUUUGGAAGAUCAGAUAGCGAAGGUGUGGAAUCCAAGAUGCAAAUAAUGGAUGCCUUUCUUUGGGGGAGGUGUCUAUCCGAAGAUGAGAUUGGUACACUUCAUGCAGCAACAAGCCCUGUUGGGUAUGAUUUGAUUGAUUUGCCUGAAGAUGGCUGGCAUUUGAGUGGCUCUCCUUCACGGAUUAAUGAAUGGGAGAGUGAUGAAGCAGACGUAGAAUUGUAUGAUAGAGAUGAGGUUGAGUGGGAUGGGCAAUAUUCCAGUGGGAGGAAAAGAAGGCCAGAACGUGAAGGAGUAGUAAUUGAUAUGGAUUAUUACAAUAGAAAAUUAAGGAAAGCAUGCUAUGAAACUAAUGAAGAAAUAAACCAACGCAUGUUGUCUGUUGAAAUGGCUGUUAGAGAAGCUUUGCUUGCUAGCGGGAACACAAACUUUACGGAUCAAGAAUUUCCACCUAACGACAAAUCUUUAUAUAUAGAUCCUGGAAAUCCACCUAUCAAGCUGCAAGUUGUUAGUGAGUGGAGGCGACCAACUGAUAUAGUAAAGGAGAGUUCCAUAGGUUCAAGACCUUGCCUAUUUUCGGGCACUGUGAAUUCUUCUGAUGUUUGUCAGGGUCGAUUAGGCGACUGCUGGUUUCUUAGUGCUGUUGCAGUUCUUACUGACGUUUCUCGAAUAUCUGAAGUUAUAAUCACACAUGAUUACAAUGACGAGGGAAUUUAUACCAUUCGUUUUUGUAUUCAGGGUGAAUGGGUCCCUGUUGUUGUUGAUGAUUGGAUCCCUUGCGAAGCUCCUGAAAAACCAGCAUUUGCUACUAGUAAGAAGCGUAAUGAGCUUUGGGUUUCUAUUUUGGAGAAGGCUUAUGCCAAACUCCAUGGAUCUUACGAGGCGCUAGAAGGUGGGCUUGUUCAAGACGCUCUUGUAGACCUCACAGGAGGUGCAGGUGAAGAGAUCGACUUGAGGAGUCCACAAGCGCAGAUUGAUCUGGCAAGUGGAAGAUUAUGGUCUCAGUUGUUGUACUUUAAACAGGAAGGUUUUCUACUUGGCGCUGGGAGUCCUUCUGGGUCAGAUGUGCAUGUUUCCUCCAGUGGAAUUGUACAAGGUCAUGCCUAUUCAGUGUUGCAGGUGAGGGAGGUUGAUGGCCACAAACUUGUACAAAUUCGGAAUCCUUGGGCCAAUGAAGUUGAUUGGAAUGGUCCUUGGUCUGAUUCAUCACCUGAGUGGACUGACCGGAUGAAACACAAGUUGAAGCAUGUUCCACGGGCAAAAGAUGGAAUAUUUUGGAUGUCUUGGCAGGAUUUCCAGAUUCACUUUCGUUCUAUAUAUGUUUGCCGUGUUUAUCCACCUGACAUGAGAUACUCUGUCCCUGGACAAUGGCGUGGUUACAGUGCUGGUGGCUGCCAGGAUUAUGACUCGUGGCAUCAAAAUCCCCAAUUUAGGUUGAGAGCCACUGGUUCAGAUGCAACAAACCCAAUUCAUGUGUUCAUUACAUUAACACAGGGUGUUAGUUUCUCGAAAAAGGUUUCUGGUUUCAAGAAUUAUCAGUCUAGUCAUGAUUGCUUGAUGUUUUACAUUGGCAUGAGGAUACUGAAGACACAUGGCCGGCGUGCUGCAUACAACAUUUAUUUGCAUGAAUCAGUUGGAGGAACAGAUUAUGUAAACUCUAGAGAAAUAUCCUGUGAACUAGUCUUGGAUCCCUAUCCAAAGGGAUACACAAUAGUACCAACAACUAUUCAACCCGGCGAAGAAGCACCAUUUGUUCUAUCAGUCUUUACCAAAUCAGCAAUAAUCCUGGAGGCAAUUUAGGGAAGUCAUCUAAAUUAAAGGCUUGCUAAAGGCUGGCUUUUGCAACCCUUAGAUUUGAGGCUCUUGUAAGUCUCAAAUCGCUUGGGAUUUCGGGGACUUGAAGCCUGUGAGCAGGUCAGGGGGUUCAGGAAUUAACAGAAUGGUCCAGUUUCAAGGUUUUGAUUCUCUGAGCCAAUUUUCAUAUUUAAGGCAUAAAGCAUGCAAAGGAGAACCAGCUCCAGUAAAUAAGACUUCCAUUUUUACUUCCAACUUCUCUACCGGUGUUCUGCAUGAAGUUUUAGUCCCAGCUUCUGUGGACAGCUUGGAUUGGCCCGAGACGGGGCUCUCGGCUGUCGAUAAAUUUGAUUGGCCGGAUCAGUUCAGUAAGCAUAUUGUAAUUUGCUGUCAGGUAUAGCAAACGGAUAAUAUCAUCGUUAAUAAUCUUUUUUGUUUAUUAUAAUAAAGGGUUUGUGGCUGGAAUUACCUUUUUGUAGAGUUCCGGUUACAGUUUUGUAAUACCCCUUCCGUGAUUUGCGGUCUUAUUCCUAGGCUUUUUCAGCCAGUUAUUAUUAUUAUUAUUUAAUUUAACUUUCUUUUUUUUUUUGUAUAUUGUAAUUUAUUGGGAAUCUCAUUUGACAUGCAGCCUGGUGCUCUGUUUUCUGCUUUGAAUGGCUAAUUUCUUAUGACAC